CUAGGACUUUUAUUUUGCCUGCAUUCUGCUCCAGACGGGGGGCGUGUACUCGAGAUUGUCUUUUGUCAGAUUAUUAUUUCAGACGUUUAACCUCUGAAAGAUGAUAUGUAACCUAACGUAUCUAGUUGCCAAUUCGUUUUAAAUCCGAUUUGACGCAGCCACACAACGUCUGGAGAAACGCAUCGCCACAAAGACUCUACAGAGCAUCAAUCUGACACCCUACUCCUGAGAUAAAUCAGACAGCAUGGGAUAUUUAAAACUGAUCGAGAUUGAAAAUUUCAAAUCUUACAAAGGACGUCAAAUAAUCGGACCGUUUCACAAAUUUACAGCUAUAAUCGGACCAAAUGGAUCUGGGAAGUCAAAUCUAAUGGAUGCCAUCAGUUUUGUAUUGGCGGAGAAGACCAGUAACCUGCGUGUUAAAACCCUGAAGGAUCUCAUCCAUGGAGCACCAGUGGGAAAACCAGCAGCUAACCGUGCCUUUGUGAGCAUGGUGUACUGCGAGGACAAUGGAGAUGAAUGCACCUUCACACGGGUCAUCAUUGGUUCCUCCUCAGAGUACCGAAUCAACAAUAAAGUGGUCGGGCUUUCAGAGUACAGUGAGGAGCUAGAAAAACUGGGUAUCCUUAUCAAGGCCAGAAAUUUUCUUGUGUUCCAGGGUGCAGUGGAGUCCAUAGCCAUGAAGAAUCCUAAAGAGAGGACCACUUUGUUUGAGGAGAUCUCCCGGUCUGGUGAGCUGGCCCAGGAGUAUGACCGCAGAAAGAAAGAGAUGGUGAAAGCAGAAGAGGACACACAGUUCAACUAUCACCGUAAGAAAAACAUCGCAGCAGAGCGCAAAGAGGCCAAACAGGAAAAAGAGGAGGCGGAGAGGUACCAGAGACUAAAGGAUGAGGUGGUCAGAGCUCACGUUCAGCUCCAGCUCUUUAAACUUUACCAUAAUGAGGCGGAGAUCGAGAAGCUGAACCGAGAGUUGUCUCAACGCAACCGUGAGAUUGAGAAGGACAGGAAGAAGAUGGAUCAUGUAGAGGAAGAGCUCAAGGAAAAGAAGAAAGAGCUGGGAAGAAUGAUGAGGGAUCAGCAGAAUGUAGAGAAGGAGAUAAAAGAGAAAGAUGCUGAGUUGAAUCAGAAACGGCCACAGUAUAUCAAGGCCAAGGAGAACACUGCCCAUAAAAUUAAGAAGCUGGAGGUGGCUCGAAAAUCCUUGCAGAAUGCCCAGAAGAUGUACAAGAAGCGUAAGGCUGACAUAGAGGAACUGGACCGCGAGCAAGGUGCCGUGGAGAUGGCGAGGCAGGAGUUUGAGGAACGGAUGGAAGAGGAGGCACAGAGUCAAGGCCAAGAUUUGACACUGGAGGAGAACCAGGUGAAGCAGUAUCACAGGCUAAAGGAGGAGGCUAGUAAGCGGGCAGCUACCUUGGCUCAAGAGUUAGAGAAGUUUAACAGGGACCAAAAGGCUGACCAGGACAGGCUGGAUCUGGAGGAGAGGAAGAAAAUUGAGACAGAGGCCAAAAUAAAGCAGAAGAUUCGUGAGAUCGAGGAAAACCAAAAACGCAUUGAAAAGCUGGAGGACUAUAUUGCAACCAGCAGACAGUCUCUGGAUGAACAGAGGCGUAUGGAAGAGGAACUGACUGAGGAAGUGGAGCUGGCCAAAAGAAGGAUUGAUGAGAUAAACAUGGAGUUAAACCAAGUGAUGGAGCAACUUGGAGAUGCUCGCAUCGACAGGCAGGAGAACAGCCGUCAGCAGCGCAAAGCUGAAAUUAUGGAGAGCAUUAAAAGGCUUUACCCUGGCUCAGUGUAUGGCAGACUGAUCGACUUAUGCCAGCCCACCCAGAAGAAAUACCAGAUUGCAGUGACCAAAGUCCUCGGAAAAAACAUGGACGCCAUUAUUGUGGACUCUGAGAAAACCGGCAGAGAUUGCAUCCAGUACAUUAAAGAGCAAAGAGGAGAACCAGAGACCUUUCUGCCUCUUGACUAUUUGGAGGUGAAACCUACAGAUGAGAAACUGAGAGAGCUUAGGGGGGCAAAACUAGUGAUCGAUGUGAUCCGCUAUGAGCCGCCACACAUAAAGAAAGCCCUUCAGUAUGCCUGUGGCAAUGCUUUAGUGUGUGAGAAUGUGGAGGACGCUCGCAGGAUCGCCUUUGGAGGACCAUACCGUCAUAAGACCGUGGCCUUGGAUGGAACUCUCUUCCAAAAGUCAGGUGUGAUCUCUGGAGGAGCUAGCGACCUGAAAGCAAAGGCUCGGCGUUGGGACGAGAAAGCUGUGGACAAACUUAAGGAAAAGAAAGAGAAACUAACAGAGGAAUUAAAGGAACAAAUGAAGGCAAAGAGAAAGGAGGCAGAGCUCAGGCAGGUCCAGUCUCAGGCUCACGGGCUGCAGAUGAGACUGAAAUACUCUCAGAGUGAUCUGGAACAGACCAAAACCCGCCACCUCUCCCUGAACAUGCAGGAGAAAUCGAAGUUGGAGAGUGAGCUGGCAAAUUUCGGCCCACGAAUCAAUGACAUCAAACGAAUCAUCCAAUCACGAGAGAGGGACAUUACAGAGUUAAGAGACCGUAUGAACCUGGUGGAGGAUGAGGUCUUUGUUGAAUUCAGCAAAUAGAUUUGCGAAAUAAACAACCGAGAGAAUAAAAAAAAAAAAAUAAACAAAAAAAAAUAGACAAAAAAAAAAAGGCUGGAGUUUGAGACACAGAAGACCCGUCUGGCCAUUCAGCUUGAUUAUGAGAAGAACCAGUUGAAGGAGGACCAGGAGAAAGUGAUGAUGUGGGAGCAGACUGUAAAGAAAGAUGAGAAUGAGAUUGAAAGACUUAAAAAGGAGGAACACAGGCACAUGAAGAUCAUUGAUGAGACAAUGGCACAGCUACAGGACCUGAAGAACCAGCAUCUCACUAAGAAGGGAGAGGUAAAUGACAAGAACCGAGAGAUGGAGGAGAUCCGCAAGAAACUAGGGUCUGCCAACAAAGAGCUGACCCAGCUGCAGAAGGAAGUAACUGCAAUUGAGACCAAACUGGAACAGAAACGCAGUGACAGACACAACUUAUUGCAAGCCUGCAAGAUGCAGGACAUCAAACUGCCACUCAAAUCAGGGACAAUGGAUGACAUCAGCCAGGGAGAGGGAAGCUCUCAAGUUGAGGAUUCGAUCAGCAGCCCGAAGGCAUCAAGCUCUGUGCAUGCCAAAGAGGCCCUCAUAGAGAUCGACUACAGCAACUUGAAUGAGGACCUCAAGGAUGCUCUGUCAGAAGAAGAGAUCAAGGCAGAGAUGAACACCCUACAGCAGAGGCUGAACGAGCAGCAGAGCAUCCUGCAGAGAAUCAGCGCUCCCAACAUGAAGGCCAUGGAGAAACUUGAGAGUGUUAGAGACAAGUUCCAGGAGACCAGUGAUGAGUUUGAAGCUGCUCGGAAGAGAGCAAAGAAAGCCAAACAGGCGUUUGAGCAGAUCAAGAAGGAGCGGUUUGACCGGUUCAAUGCUUGUUUUGAGUCUGUUGCCACCAACAUUGAUGAGAUCUACAAAGCACUGUCACGUAACAGUAGUGCACAGGCAUUCUUGGGGCCAGAGAACCCAGAAGAACCAUACUUAGAUGGAAUCAACUACAACUGUGUGGCUCCAGGAAAGAGAUUCAGGCCCAUGGACAACCUGUCUGGAGGAGAGAAGACUGUGGCAGCUUUAGCUCUUCUUUUUGCCAUUCACAGCUACAAGCCUGCACCUUUCUUUGUUCUGGAUGAGAUUGAUGCUGCUUUGGAUAACACAAACAUUGGCAAGGUGGCCAAUUACAUAAAGGACCAGUCAGUCCAGAAUUUCCAGGCUAUAGUUAUCUCUCUGAAAGAGGAGUUCUACACAAAAGCUGAUUCUCUCAUAGGAGUUUACCCUGAGCAAGGAGAUUGUGUCAUCAGUAAGGUGCUGACCUUUGAUCUUUCCCAGUAUCCAGAUGCCAAUCCCAAUCCUAAUGAUUAGGUUAAGAUGAUCUAAAUUUAUUGGUAGACAGCUGAGAGAGCGACCAGUCAUAUCUUUUGAAAACAUGAUUAUAAUCAUUGAUGUUUACAUAGAUGCUUUUUUAAAAUUUAAAUACAGAUUGUUGCUAUAUUGUCUGCUGUACUGUAGUGUAUAUAGUGUGCAUGAUUGUGUAAGUAUUAAUAUUCUGUGUUCUGUGAAUAUUAGAUAUAAAUGAACAGCUUUUCAUGUUCAGUCAACUGGACUGUCUAGAUCCGUGAUUUUAUAUAUGGCUAAUGUCUUGUCUGCACUAAAUCAACAGAGAACAUUUUAGCUGCCUACUGUAGAGUGUGCCUUGUGGAUGAUCUGUCCAUUCAGUACCAUGUGGAAUAACAAGUAUAGUAUUUACUUUGUGGGAAAUUGUGUUAUGUAAAAUGUAUUCGAACUGAAAAUAAGACCUUGUGUAAUGUGCUCAUGGCACUUUCCACAAAUAUUGAAUACUUUGCUGUUCUAUGACAUUUGUGCAGGAUUAGAAACAUAAUUCCCAUGACCCCCCCCCCCCCCCCCCCAAUAAUUCCCCAAAAUUGCAAGCCCCCUAGAGCAUAAAAAUAAGUCAUCUCAAAAUAAAACUUAGUUUGGUUUUCUGAGCAUGAUGAUAAACAUUUUCCAAACAUCAUCAACUUCCCCCCAUAGAACCCUAUUUCAUCCACAUAAGAAAAAAUCAUGCUUUGGAAAAUUAAAAAAUAUGACAUCAAGUUUUUACUGUUUAAUUAGAAUGAUGACUUUUCUCAUAAUUUCAACUUUUUAUCUUAUAAUUCUUAAUUAGUAUGUCAUAAUUUUGACAGUUAAUCUCAUAAUGUAGAUUUUUUUAUGUUAUGAAAAAUAACAUUAGCCUGAAAAACACAUUUGUUGAAAAAUAAAAGUAAAACAGCUCGAAGCUUCUAUUUUGAACAGUUUCAGUAACUGUUUUGUACCCUGUUAAUGGAAAGUGCCACAACUGUCAUUCUAAAUGUUAUAUGGAACAAAAAAUAAAUCCGAUGAA